AUGGAUCAAGAAAAUCAGAGUGUUAUUUAUAUUGAAAACUGGAAUGAUCUAUGUCGAUUGUGUCUCCGCAAUGAACAAAAAUUGCAAAAUUUAUUUUUCGAAGAAACCCUUUUGGAAAAUGUCCAAGAAGUUACUAAUCUCCAUUUUAAUGUCGAUGAUUCUUUACCUAAUUCUAUAUGCAAAAUAUGUAUCGACCAAGUUAAUUCAUUUGUUGAAUUUCGAGUACGAUGUAAAGCUACGGACGAAUGGCUACGAAAUGAAGGUGCCAUUUCGGAUAAUGAUCAUAAGGAUUCAGUUAUAAUUGAUUCGGAAGGAAUAGAUAAUAAACAUUUAUUAUUGGAUCCAAAUCAAUAUGAAGAACAGUUAAUUGAUGAUCCAGAACCUGUUAAUGAUAAGCAAUUAGUUAAAAAUGAAAUUGAGUUAUCACAUUGUAUUGUUCAAACAGAAGAGGUAAUGCAAAUGUCCGUUAAAGUUGAAGAUACAUUAGAAGCCAACUCUAGUGAACAUCAAUGUGGAAUUUGUGGUAAAGAAUUGUUGUCUGCAUAUUCGCUAGCAAACCACAUGCGCUCCCACACAGGAGAGCGUCCUUAUGGGUGCAGUGUGUGUGAAAAAUUCUUCAAGACUAAAUCCAAUUUGACUGAACACUAUAAAGUCCACAAUCCGGAACUGCGUUGGAUGAAAUUGUCGAGCAGGGACAUCCCGUCCAUAACCAGAGUGACUGUCAAAUCCGAAGACAUACUGACGUGCGGUCAGUGUUCCAAGGUGUUCGUGUCGCUGGACGAGUUGUCCGCACACGAACGCGUCCACGACGAGGAACGGGAACAGCUGGAACAGCAGCCGCAGACGGUCGCGACGACGAUUGCAUCGUCGUCUUCGUCUGUGAUUACGUCGACGUUCACGUGUGAACAGUGCAACAAAAAGUUCACGUCGAAAUUGCAACUGUCCGCGCACAUAGGCAACAACUGUUCGGACGGCGUUGACCGGCAGUGCCCGUACUGCGGCGUGCAGUUCCGGUCGGUGGCCGCGCUGGAGAACCACAAGCGGGUUCACACCAGGGAAAAACCGUUCGCUUGCGAGCUGUGCGGCAAGCCGUUCCGGACCAAGGGCAAUAUGCUCGUUCACCAGCGCGUGCACAACAACAGCCCGUGGCUGAUGAAGAGCAACGCGAAGAAGACGACCGACGCCGGUGCGGGCGGCGGCGACCAGCGGUUCCAGUGCACGUACUGUUCGAAACCGUUCCGCGCGUAUGUGGCCAUGUUGAACCACGAGCGCGUGCACACCCGCGAAAAGCCGUUCGAGUGUUCCGAGUGCGUCAAAUGUUUCCGCACCAAGUCCAACCUGACGGAACACAUGAAGUGCUGCCACGGCAUGGACUCGGCCGCUUGUGGCUCGGACGAUGUGCAAGUGUUCACGUUCAAGACCCAUUCGAUGGUUACCCCCAAAGCCGAGCCGCGGAGUCGGCGUGACGACCGCGACGGGCUCGUCGCUGUUGCGCGCUCGUCGAGACGCAGUCAUUUUGACGAUGAUUUUUAUCAUUCAUAA